AUGGUUGGACUGGCAGUGCUCCUUCUGUGUCUGGGAGGGACAAGAAGCCAGUUUCUCGAUGUGACAGUUCAAAGGGAAAAAGACUUCACAGAAGCUUUGUCUGAACUUCUUAUACAACUGCAUCAGGGUGAGAAUUACGAUACCCUGCUAAUAUAUGGAGAGGAUUGUGUUUUUCAUUCUGUAUCCAGAAGUUUGGCUGUGCCCACCGUUUUGGUAUCCUCCGGAAGCACUGACUUUGAUUGGGGUUUCAACAGUCAAACUUUGUUACUCAGUUGUGGUCCAGGAGAGGAAAGGGAGGUUAACUACCGAACUCUAAUUAAACUGCAAAGAAACAGACGUCUAAUCUAUUUACCAAAAGAUACUGCACCAAGUUCUGUGUGUGAAAGCUACUCACAAAAAGAGCAAUACAAUGUGGCUAUGGUAAGAGAAGACUUUGAAACGACGCAAAAGAUUUACGCCUGUCGUUCUUUUACACAACCAAACAUUCAAGAAAUAUAUCUAAUGGAAAAUGAAUCCAUUUUCAUUGAAAACUUUAGGAAUUUUCACGGAAAGCCAAUCAUGGCAAUGGCGGAUCUAGUAGCUCCCCGAUCCAUGGUCUAUUUGGAUAAAAAGACUCGUGAAAGGAAGUUAACAGGAUUUGUGGCCAAUUUGAUGAAUAACUUUGCCCAGAAAAUAAAUGCUACUUUGCGGUUUGAAACUCUGAGCUUUAACGUAACCUUCAGAGAUAUAGUAAGAAAGGUGAAGAAUGAUGAGCUGGAUAUUGGCAUUUUCCUGGAGGCUACAGUACUCACCAAUGGUCUUGAUACGGCAAGUUAUCCAUUCUUGCUGACAAAUUACUGCUUGAUGCUCCCAGUACCAGCAAAGAUGCCUUUUAAUCGAGUAUAUGGAAUCAUAGUAGACCGGCUAGUUCUGGUUAUAAUGUUGGUUCUCUUUUGCCUGCUCUCAUUACUACUUAUAUACAGUCCGAAAGGUUCUUGGCGGAAGUUGGAUCUAGCUAACAUAUUCCUAAAUGACAUAACACUACGAGGUCUUUUGGGUCAAUCCUUUCCCUUUCCUCCAAAUGCGAGUAAACAUCUAAAGAUAAUCUUUUGCAUCCUUUGCUUUGCCAGUAUAAUGAUAACCACCAUGUAUGAUGCCUACCUGCAGUCCUUCUUCACAAAUCCCCCAACUGAUCAUGAAAUACGUACCUUCAAGGAUAUUGGGAAAUAUCAUCAGAAGAUUGCCAUUCCCGAAAUCGAAAUGACUUCUCUGAUAAUAACAAAUAAUUCACAAUUUGGAGAAAUAAACAAAGAAGAUCUCUUUGUUAUUGAUGGAUGGAGGGAAUAUCUCACUUUGCGUGAUACCCUCAAUAUCAGCUAUGGUUAUAUAGUAACUGAAGAUCGCUGGAGCGUCUUUGCUGAGCAACAGAAACUCUUCAAGAAACCCAUUUUCUACUUCGCUAAGGAUCUGUGCUUCUCUCGCCAGCUGUUCAUGUCCAUCCCAUUGCGAAAGUAUCUUCCAUAUCGACAUCUCUUCGAGGAUCAUAUGAUGCGGCAGCAGGAGUUUGGUAUGGUGAAAUACUGGAAGAGCCACAGUUUCUUUGAUAUGGUUAGACUGGGCAUUACACCUCUUAAAGAUCUCAGUCCGCCAACAGUCUUAGAUGCCAGCCUUCUGCUUCAGGAUAUCUCUUGGAUUCUGAAAAUAUAUUUGGCCGCUAUGGUGAUAAGUAUCUUUUGCUUUUUGUUCGAGGUUCUAGCUGCGAGAAUAGGUAACCAUAACCUAACAACUUAA